CUGAAAUAACCUAACAAAUUUGUUUGUUUUUUUGCCGAGUUUUUUAAAGUGGUUUAAAUGGCUGUAAUUAAAUUAUGUCUCCAGCAUGAUUAAAUAGUCACUAUUAAUACGUUUUUUUGUGAUAGAAUUGAAUUUGUAUUAGACAAACACUAUGGCGGAACAAUUAACAGCAAUUCUCAAUCGAAUUCUCGGCGUCGAAGGAAUUGAAGAGGCUUUUAGCUGUUUUUUAGUGCAUCGGCCCGAAGCUGACGCCGAAAACAUAGCCAGAUGGCAACAAGAAUUAUACGACUAUUUCACUUCAGUCAAUCCCGAUCUCCUAGACACAGUAUUAAGGCAAUAUUUACAUACUACCACUCAAGGCUCUCACAGUGAAAUGGAAUUAUUAAUGGAUUUACUGGAGAGUUGUAUCAAAAAAGGGUCUCUUCAAGCUCGAAAAGCGUGCGAAUUUAUUAUUGCAAGUGAUGAGCUUCAGUUCAGAAAUUCUCGUUUUUGGAUAUUAUGUUUUAAACUCAUUAAAACUGUAAUUGAUCAAGUAGAGUACAAGGGUGUCCGUGAAAUUAUGAAGGGUUGUUGUGAGAAAGCCAAGGGAUUGCCCUUGAAUCUUACUGCAGGAAUUCAGCCCCAAGCACAAGCUUUGCUUGAUGUUGCCGAGAAGAUAAUGAACAGAGAUGUGUGCCUACUUCCAGGAUAUUUACUUGUAAAUGAGUUACAAAAAGCUUACUCUGAAUGUCCACACUGGAGUCUUUCAUCUCUAUUUUCCGACUACAUAGAAAGCUUCAGACCUUGUGCACAAAUGUUGUCAAUUAUUGGACAUUCCCAAAUGCGACCUGUAGUGGAACAUAGUGGUUGCCCAGAACAUUUAGUAAAUCCCUGGAAAUUGGACCCUUGUACUUUGAAGUUUGCAUUAAAAGGUACUUUGCCUUAUGAACCAGAGCUAUUAGAGAAACAGACCGGUUUAUUAAGAUAUGUCCUUGAACAGCCUUAUAGUCGAGAUAUGGUUUGUGGUAUGCUUGGAUUAAACAAACAACAUAAACAACACUGUCAAGCCAUUGAAGAACAGUUAGUUGAACUGGUAAUUUCUGCUCUAGAACGAACUGAGACCGACGAUGAAACCGAUGGUUUGUGGUUACACCUAUCUUCACAGCUCAUUUAUUUUGUGCUGUUCCAGUUUGCAAGUUUUCCAAAUAUUGUCAUGUCUUUACAUACCAGAUUACAGGGAAGAGAACUAAGAAGGGGACGUGACCAGUUAAUGUGGGUUCUUCUCCAGUUUAUAUCUGGUUCAAUUCAGAGGAAUCCUUUAACCAAUUUCCUUCCAGUUCUUAAGUUGUAUGAAUUGUUGUUCCCUGAACAAGAACCCCCUUUACCUGUUCCAGAUUUUAACCAACCUCAAUGCACAAGACAGAUGGCCAUGACUUGUAUUUGGAUACACUUGUUAAAGAAGGCCCAAUCAGAACAAAGCAACAUAAGUUGGCCUUUACCCAACAAAUUAAGAUCGCAUCAUGAAUUUUUACAACAUGUUGUAGCACCGAGCAAUAGUUCACUGGCAAUGGGUAAUGAUUAUCGCAUAGCGCUUCUUUGCAAUGCUUACAGUACCAAUCAGGAGUGCUUUAGUAAACCAAUGGCGGCUUUAGUUGAAACUAUACAGGGCAGCACAAAAACAGGUUCGAUGAAUUGCCCCUUGCCAACAUGUCCCUUGAGUAUGGCUGUUUUGGAUUCCUUAACUGUGCAUUCCAAAAUGAGCCUUAUUCAUAGUAUUGUAACUCAUGUAAUAAAAUUAGCAGGGACAAAAUCAGGAGUUCCCCUUGCUCCUGCUUUGGUUGAAACCUACAGUAGACUACUAGUUUACACCGAAAUAGAGUCUCUAGGUAUUAAAGGGUUCAUUACUCAGUUGCUACCGCAGGUUUAUAAAUUUCAUGCAUGGGGUACUUUGUAUACUUUGCUGGAGAUGUUCAGCUAUAGGAUGCACCACAUCCAUCCACAUUAUAGAGUUCAACUGUUGAGUCAUUUACAUUCAUUGGCUGCUGUUCCCCAAGCCAAUCAGACACAACUUCAUUUAUGUGUUGAAUCUACAGCUUUGAGAUUAAUAACAGGCUUGGGCAGUGGAGACGUCCAACCCGAGCUGUCCCGCUUCCUGCAAGAACCGAAAACGAUAGUGUCGGCGGAGUCGGAAGAACUAAACCGCGCCCUCGUGCUCACAUUGGCCAGGGCCACUCACGUGACCGGGUCGGACGGGGCGUGGUGUCACGAUCUACUGGCAACCAUAGCGCAGAGCACGCCUCACGCGUGGGCGCCCCACACUUUAGAAUGCUUCCCUCGAGCGUUGCAGGAGUUCUUCACACAGCAUGCUAUGCCGCAAGAAAAUAAGCAGCAGUUGAGGAAAGCUGUUGAAGAGGAGAACCGCAAAUGGGCUUCUAUGAACAACGAGAACGAUAUAAUGGCACAUUUUGGGGCUCCAGGAGCGCCGCCACUAUUUUUGUGUUUGCUGUGGAAGAUGUUGCUAGAAUCGAACCAUAUUAGUCCCAUAGCAUACAAGAUUCUGGAGCGUAUUGGUGCUAGAGCUUUCUCAGCGCAUCUGCGUAAAUUUUGCGAUUGUCUGGUGUUCGAAUUUACGAAUUCUGCUGGAGGUUCUCACGUCAACAAGUGCGUCGAUAUUAUAAACGAUAUGAUCUGGAAGUACAACAUCGUCACUUUUGACAGAUUGGUUCUAUGUCUAGCGCUAAGAAUGCAAGAAGGAAACGAUGCUCAGGUUUGCUCGUUUUUGAUACAACUGCUUCUUCUGAAAGCUACCGAAUUUCGGAACAGAGUUUUCGAUUUUGUCAAGGAAAAUUCUCCGGAUCACUGGAACCAAACCAACUGGCACGAAAAGCAUUUAGAAUUCCAUCGAAAAUACCCAGAAAAAUUCGCCUUGGAGGAACAGUCCAGUGGUUAUCAUCCGUAUUUUGGCAACGUGUGUCUCAGAUUCUUGCCAGUCUUCGAUAUAGUAGUUCAUAGGUUUAUAGAAAUAGAACAAGUACAAAAAAGUCUAGAAGUAUUGUUAGAACGACUGGGAUGUUUGUAUAAAUUCCAUGACAGGCCCGUUACCUACGUGUACAAUACUUUACAUUAUUAUGAGGCUAAACUAAGAGAUAGGCCGCCAUUAAAGCGAAGACUAGUAGCGGCUGUUCUCGGCAACUUAAAAGAAACCCUUUCUGAACCUUAUCAAGCGUUUUUAAAUAAAAAUUCAGACGAUAUAUGGAUACCAGAGUUAAAUUAUUAUAUUCAACUUGUACAACGCGUAGUAUCAAUUUUAAACGGUUCAAACGCCAAUUCAAUGACGGACUGGAGAUUCAACGAAUUCCCUAAUUCUGGAGCUCACAUUUUGUACACUACCUGUGUAGAACUUAUGGCUUUACCAGCAGGGCCUACUGCAGUAGCCAAUGGACUUUUAGAUGUAGUUGCAAAAGGUUAUGUAAUGAUUCCAUCAAAUGAUAUCCAUCAGUGGGUUAACGCCAUUGGACUCAUUCUAUCUGCUUUACCGAUAACUUACUGGAGUGUAUUACAUGACAGAUUACUGACAACACUCGCAGAGUUAGAUAACUGGCCAUUUGAAUGUUCUCCUUUCAGAAUGUUUAAUUUUAAGGAGACACAUUCGGGACUGUUACAUAACAGAUUUAGCUAUAUGUUGGCAUUGGCUCAUUCAGUGUGGCACCAUGCCGGACCUGGUCAAAUAGCUAGCGUCCCCAGAUGGGUGGGAGAAUGCCUACCGCCUGUUGUAAAGACUGAAGAACAGUUUCUAUUUGUUUGUCACUUAGUAGGACCAUUUUUACAAAGGGUGGUAAAUAUGGCUCUAGUACAGCUGACAACCUCAAUUUAUGAACUGUUGGCUCAAGUAGAUGCCAGUCAGCCUGAACUGAAAUACAUGGACCCAAUCUGUGAUCUAUUAUACCAUAUAAAGUACAUGUUUGUGGGAGAUAGUAUGAAAAAAGAGAUCGAGACUAUAGUGAGAAAACUAAGAGCCCCUCUACAACUUAGACUUCGGUUCAUUGCUCAUUUAACAUUGGAAGAAGUUAGUGCAACGAAAACAUAGAAUGACCAGCUUUUAUUAAGUUUAUGUGUUUUAUAUGCGUCUCUAAUAUGUUGUGCUCGGGUAUAAUUUUAAUAGAUUUUAAUUUUAAGUUUUAUAAAUUGAGUCUCUUUUAAAAUGUGAGACUUUUGAGAUAUAUCUACCUACUGUAAUUAUUUAAUU